AACUUCACUCAAUGCUAAAAUGGUUAUAGUUAAAUUAUUAUACAAAUUUCAACAUGGAAACCCCUAAGAUCAUAAACAAACUGUUGAAGGAAGCGCCCAAAAAUACAAAAGGUUGCAAAGAAAUUGCAGAUCUCCGAAGUUUAAUCAUCGAAAUGAUGAAACCCCGCAUGGAUAAACUAUAUCAGAUCUCAAAGAUGCAAAUGGUUCCAUCCACACGCGAUGAGUUUUAUGAUGAAGAAGAAGACUGGUGGCCAGAUUACGAAUUGUUCUCGAAUUCACUAGCCAUCACCGAUAUGAAUGGCCUCCUUGUCUACACCCAAGAUGCCCUAAAGGGCAUGCCGGAUGACUUAAAAGCCAUUGCUGAAAAGUUUGACUUUGCCUACAUGGUUUCAAAGCCCACAAAUAUUCAGAAUAAAACCAAAAAUUACCGCCUAGCGGAAGAACUAAUAGAGGACAUCGGAGACUUUGUCAUUCACUUCAAUCGUCUGUGCAUUAAAAUACUCGACGAUCGAAGGAACAUCUAUGAUCUGGCCGCGUUGACAAAGGACACCGGCGAUCGAAUCAAAGUGAAGAUCUUCGACGAACAAGCUUUUCUGAAACUAGUCUCGCGAAUUAACAAUUUGCGGAGCUAUAUCACAGAUUUCUGUGCUCUUUUUGAGGCGCAUGUGGAAACCAAGGAGGAGGAUGAAGCCAAUCCGCUCGAUAAGUUUGCCAAACGCCGGGGAACGCUUCAAAUGGCAACCGUUGAUAAGGGCCAGACUUAAGCCAGAUCGAUCAGGAAGUCAUCUCGUUCUUUAUUCCCAGGGCUUGGCUUCCAUCGCUUUCAUUGUACAAUACACACACACACAUGGCAGACACAAAGCACACAGAUACACAGAUACCAAGAUACAGAUACAUGACUCCGGCAUGGGCGGUAAUAAAGAGUUCGCCUCCAGUGUAUUGGAGUAUCUGGGAAA